UAUUUUAGGUCUUACUCCCAGCCUCCGCUCACAGCUCUCUCCUCCUCGCCCCUGCUUCAGCUGCUUACCGUUGUUGUUCCCCUCUCCGCUUUGCCAAUCUAGCCUCUAAUCGGCGGUGCUCUCGUUCUGCUAGGGUCCUCUUCGUAGUUACCGGAGUUAUUUCCGGCGUGUUUUUCCGGCAUCCUCUCCGGCUUCUUCCGUUUCUAAUAGUGUUUUUUCUGCUUCUCGGUUUCAAUGGCUCGACUUUCUUCGAUGAUUUCGCUGCGCCAUAACCCUUCGUUUCCGACGGAUCUGCUUGCUUUUAUCGGCCUGAAGCUUCCAUCGGCGCUGGCCUCAUUGUCGUUUCGUCCUUCUCCACCAGAUCCGCCUGAUCCUCCAGACCCUCCAGAUCCCUCUCCGGCUCAAAGCCAUGUAGCUCAUAUCGUCAAGUCACACCAGCUUCUUAGCCUCGUUGGCAGCAGAGUUGAUUGCUCGCACUCCAUUUCCAUCUCAAUCAACAUGCCUCCUCUCCUGUUCCCCCAGGUAUGCUCCUGUUCUUCGGUCUCUGGUUCUUCUACGUUGGAAAGUUCUUGGAUGAUCGUUGAGAGUGUGGCUCUGGCUUUGUGGAAUUUGGAUCUCGUUUUUACUCCUUUGAUGAAUUUGGAUACCCGUGGAUCCACAUUUGUGCUUUCUUGUGGCACCUUUAUCGCCUUAUUGCGAAUGUUUACUGCAGUAUGCAGAUUAUACUUCAAAUUGGCUGUGUUAGUAGCCGCUUUGUUGCAGAUUGGAAAGAGAUCUUUGCUCUCCUUCACCGUUACAGAUUAUCUGGUUCACCGGGGCUUUUACAGCCCUCAUCUCUCCUUUAAGGAGCUUAUUAUCCUCCCAAAUACUUCACUUGGUUUUAGUGGUAUUGUCACAGGGAGCAUUGUUCUGAAGACUGUUCUACUUGAAGUAGAAGCGAGGUUUGUUGCCCAAGACUGUCCCCGCUCAGCUUUUGCUGACUGUUCGUCGUUGGUGUCUUUAGAGGCUUCGUUUCCUCCAUUCAAGAACCAAUCUACUUUGGUUGAGCUUGUUAGCUCCCAUCUUUCCCAUUAUCCAUGGUUUGAGCUUGUUAGCUCCCAUCUAUCCCUUUAUCUAUGGUUUGAGCUUGUUAGCUCCCAUCUAUCCUUUCAUUUAUGUUUAGCUUCUGAUUUCGUUAUUGUUGUUGUUUUACCAUUUGCUCAAGUGGCUUGGUUUGUUUGGGAUUUUGAUAGCCAUUUGUACUUUCUCCUUGAGGAGGAAGAACUCUUUUAAUUUGAAUGAAAUCCUAGUUUGACAAAAAAAAAAA